AUCUCUGACAACUAGUUGACAAGGGCCGUCGACAAAAUCCUCCUAUCCACUCCGUCACAACAGCACUGCGACGCGGACCUGAGACCUGUUCCGAAAAGCUGCUACCAAGCCGACCCGGUCAUCGAGGCCGAUACAGCAGGCUGGGUUACCAGUGCUUUCGACGAGCCGUCAGGUUGCCGGACGCUGUGCGACCACGACGCCUCGGCCUGCAGGUCGUUGAUCUUCAUCGAGCUACCUGGCACUGUGCACCGUGACCGAACUGAGGAUCGCCCGUGUAUCCGCAUCGAAGAAUCGUGUGCUCGUCCAGCUCCCUGGUGCAGUCAUUGCGCUGUUGAACAACAAACCCGGACAUCGCCUAUCCUGUCAAGCCUGAUCGUCUGUCCCUGACCACAAAAGUUCUCUCCUCAGCUCAAGUUUUCUUGAUUAUUCGCGAACAUUAAAAAGGAGUCAAAAACUGAACUUUGUAUUCGCCGCGAUCGUCAACUCGAACUGUAAAUCCCGUUGUCCACAAACUUCGCCAUUUUCAAGCAGUGACCAUUGAGCUACCGGCACCAGUUCCACACGCAUACCUGCUGUGGUCAAGACGCCAUAUUGUCAACUAUGGUCAUUGAAGAACCCAAACAGAAACUCGCUGACGAAGAUGCUCCGGAGUGCAGCUAUUGCUCUGUCAGACCGCCGUGUCUUCAACGCUUCGCACGGCCGGCUAUCUUCGUUGUCGUUGUCAGCAUGUUCCUCUUUGCCGAUAGUUUUAUCGUCGGGGUGAUCCAGGGGACGAUAACCACAAUUGAACACCGGUAUCAGUUCAGUCUUGGUCAGAUUGGCCUGUUAUUAUCAGGCUUUUCCGUAGGCGGCGUCUUUGGCAACGUGCUCGUGAUCUUAUUCUUCAGUAAGCCGGAUACCAAUCGACCACGCCUACUGGGAAUAUGUUCCCUGUUGAGUGGUCUUGCGACUGUUGUUGGAACCAUCCCACAGUUCAUUCAAGAUCCAUACGUUCCUGCAGGUCUUGAGGCUACCAAUGACACAGAGGGCGCGUUUCAGCAGGUAGAGAUGCUGUGCAUGGCAGACAAGUCGGGGGCAGAUUGCACAGACCAGCCGGCUGAGACUGUGUCUCCUAAUCAGGUUGCUUUCUACAUUCUGCUGUCAAGCACACUGCUUGAAGGUGCAAGUAUCAUGAUCAUGUUCACAACAGUGUACGCAUACAUCUCGGACAAUACAACUCCAAAAGAUACGGCCUUUUAUACAGGUAUCUGGGGAGCUGUGGAAGGCCUGUCACCAGUAGCAGGCAUCUUCGCGACUGCGGCAUUUCUUGGUCUGUGGGUAGACUUCUACAGAAUCCCAUCAUCAGCCGUGCCCGUGACUCCCGAGGACAGGGUGUGGGUGGGAGCAUGGUGGCUGGGCUACCUUGUUGCUUCAGUCUUGUAUGUGCUACCAGUGUUGCCCUUCUUUGGAUUUCCCGUGGUCAUGAGAAAGUCCCGUACCAACGCCAAAGGCAGCGACAGCGUCAGUGGAGAUGACGGGGACACGGACAAUAAGAGUGGGACACGGUUCCCCAAAGGAGAAACUUCGAGUGGUAGUUUGUCGACGUUGUGGAAGGUGUUGAAAAACCGUGACUGCAUGCUGACAUGCCUGUCCCAAGCUGGUGCUAUCCUCCUUGUGUAUGGCUAUGGUGUCUUCGUUCCCAAGUACCUGGAAAUUCAGUUUGAGGUGGAAACCCGACUUGCCGACAUCCUGACAGGUUGUCUUCUAGCUCCUGCAUACGCCGUCGGCUUCAUGGUGGCUGGUUCCCUCGUCAAACGAUUCAACAUUCAAUACCGGGGCCUAGUCUCCCUCUCGUGCGUCGCACUGGCUCUCGGCGUCGCUGGCCUCACGGCGAAUUUGUUCAUUGGUUGCCCAAAUGAGAAUGUUGCCGGUGUCUUCACGCCAUACAAGGGACAAAGCCAGCUUGAUUUAGAGGCGCCCUGCAACUCAGCCUGUGAAUGUUCUUUGUCUGCGUACUCACCUGUAUGCGAUGGCCAUGGGAUCACCUAUAUAUCAGCCUGCCACGCAGGAUGCCAACUCGUCACUGAGCAGAAUCAGGAAUAUGGAGAUUGUUCAUGCUUAGCCACUGGACCAACCAACCUAAAUGGUACACUUCUGACGGUUGAGGGCGCUUGUGACAGUCAUUGCAUCUCCUAUGCACCGUACCUGGUUUUGCUGACUGCAGUACUGCUGUUUGCGCAGUUCGCACAGCUCAUGCGUUUUAAUAUCGUCAUGAGAUGCGUUUCAUCGGCAGAAAGGCCUGUGGCUCUGGCAAUCCUAUAUCUUGCCGGUCUACUCGGUACUAUCCCGGCUAGUUAUAUGUUUGGCGCCCUCAUCGACACCGCCUGCGUGGGAUGGCAACAAACGUGUUAUGGCCAAGGAGCAUGUUUUCUGUACGACAAGGUCUGGUACCGCUACACCUUCAACGGCUCGGCAUUGGGGGUUGCGAUCAUAUGUCUUGGCUCCAUGCUCAUUGUAUGGAAGUUUCCUUCGUACACAGAUAAAGAUGCCAAUGAUGACGUGAAGGGGAAGGAAAAUAAAGCAAGCACUCACAACCAGCAGAUAACAAAUUUUGCCUAUUUUGGGAAAACGUAAUCUUGCUCCCGUGUUUCAGCUUGAUUGUGUAGUUUAAAUAAGUACGGUAAUAUGAAAAUGGAUAUAUACAUAUGUAUUUUCGAAUGAAUGGUAUUCAAUUUUAAUUAUAAAUCUCCUCGGGAUGCAAUUCAUUACGGAUUCCGCACAGACCUUUUAGGGUUGAGGAGACUGAGUUUAAUCUCCGAGAGUAUUAUUCUCAUUUGAUGAUUUUUUUAAAAUAAAAAUGUGAUGCGAUCAAGAGAAAUGAGUCGUUUGUCGACC